AUGAUGCGCGCGCGCGACCGCCGCGCGUCCCUCGCGCUCGCGCUCGCGCUCGUCCUCGCGCUCGCGGCCGCGCCCGACGCCGCGCUCGCGCAGACGUCGCGCGGGAGCGUCGGCCGCGGCGGCGGCGGCGGCGGCGGCGGCCCUCGCGCGGCGACCGCGCGGACGUCGUAUCCGACGACGCGAGGCGCGGCCGCCGCGCGCGGGGGCCCUCGCGUGCGCGCGCCGACGCCGACGCCGACGACCGUCUCGCGAACGCCCGCGCCGACGACGCGAGGCGGCCCGCGCGCGGUGCGGACGACGCCGACGCCGACGCCGCGCGCGACGACGACGACGACGACGCGCGGCGCGCCGCGAACCGUCCAGCAGCAGCCCUCGACGACGACGACGACGACGCGCGAGCAGCCGGUGCCGCGCCCGUCCACGACGCGCGCGCCGGAGACGAUCCUGAACCGCCAGCAAGGCCAGAUCGACGACUUGACCCAGAGGCUCGAGUCGCUGCGGCGCGACCGCGGCGACGUCGUGAACGACUACUUCGACGGCGGCGUCGUAGACGGGUACCGCGCCGGGUUCGCGGACGGGUUCUACGACGACUACGGCGGCUUCGGCGGUUUCGGCGGUUUCGGCGUCGGCGUCACGUUCCCGGACCCGUGCUGCCUCUCCGGGUUCGCGACGAGCAGCGCGUACUGUAACGUGGGGUGGGGCGGCGGCGUAGGGCUCGGGAACGUCGGCGGCGUCGUCUCCGGCGUCGGCGGUUUGUUUAACCUCCCGUGCUGCGUCGACGGCGGGCCGUACGUAUGCACGCAAGCCGCGGUCUUAGCGCAGCCGUACGAGCAGCGGACGUACCCGGAGCCGUGCUGCGACACGGGGUACGCGAUCAGAGGCGAGACGUGCGGGGAUCGCUUCGACGCGGCGAGCGGCGCGGCGUUUCCGUGUUGCGUCGCGGGAGGCGCGUGGACGUGCGCGGGACCGAAGACGACGGAGGCGCAGCGGGAGGUCACCGGGUUCGAGAGCGCGACGCAGCCGCAGCCGCCGUUGCGAGAAGUGCAGAGACCGUCGUGA